GUUGAUUGUUGUUGGUGCAUCUGAUCACAUGUUUGUAUAUCCUGAAUCUUGAUCUAGUCGCUAAUUACUAUCACUAUGGAUAUAAGCGGGGAACAUGGGUAUCAGUGGAUCACGGGGAACAGUGAAUCAUUUGAUAUAGUUCUGUAUCUAUAGCACCCACACAUACACGCGAUGGUUUCAAUAACUCUCUUCCAUAUCCCGCGCGGCCCAACUAGUCACAAUCUUUCCAUCAUAGCGGGAGGACGCGCGAUAGCGCAUCAAUCAUUAGUGGAAGAAGUUCUAGAUGGAUUGCUAAGUCCUGAGGCCUACGAUACACCAUCUGAUGAUGUUAAAGUGGAAGAUUUGGAGAUGUCGCUACCGCAAUGGUUCGAUGAAAAGAAAUUUAACCAAGGUCGUCGAUUCUUCUGGGAUUUCUGUUUCGCCUUUGCUGGCAGCACUAUGAUGGGAUUUAUAGCGGUUCUAUCAAUACCCUCAAUCAUUCAAGUAUUGGUUCAAACUCAGAGAUCCAACUCAGAAUAUACAUCAUACAAACGAUACCUCUCCACCCAUCUCCAUAUGCUCUCCUGGUACUCUUAUGAGCUGAAGCCAGGGUCAAAAUCAUGGCGUUCAUUAGAAACAGUCCGAAAACGUCAUUUAAGAGCUGGUACAACAGCCAGGUUGAAGAAUCAGGGGACAGUUUCUCAAAGAGAUUUGUCCCUUACCAUUUUUGGCUUCAUGGGGUUUGCCAUGCUUAAGCCAGACGAAUUUCAAAUCACUCAAUUGAAGGAGGGUGAUCUGGACGCCUUUGUACAUUUUUGGGGAGUUAUUGGAUCUAUGCUGGGAAUUAAAGACAGGUACAAUAUCUGCCGAAAAACGUACGAAGAAACGCAUCAGAUUUGCCAAGUUAUUCUUGACAAAGUAUAUACCCCCUGUCUAACAAACGUGCCAGAGUACUUUGAACACAGCGCUCGAGCCAUGACACUAGGUGCAUCAGCAUAUUUCUCAAAUAUUGAAGCGAACUUUGUAAUUUACAAAACUAAACAUUUAGCAAAUGUGCCCGGAUAUAUUUACACCGAGGUUGACAGAUUAGUUCUACUGAGAAAGUUGAAGAGGUUGCAGGGUGGUAGAUCUGAUGAUUUAGGUGUCGAUGCAAAUGAGUUAGUUCAAAAAUGUGGCCUAAUAUCUAAACAGAACAAUUCGUAUCGUCUGUUUAUGAAAGACUUCGCAACUGUGGAGAACUCGCCUGCCUACAAACAAUUACCGUUGAUAUCAAAAUUCCACCUGGCAUUUAUCCAAAUGGCUUUGGCGUUUUAUUCCACUUUCAUUGGGAGAGCUUUAAUCAACUGUUAUUAUAAAGUUCUCCUUUUUUUGGCUGAAUAUUUGCCAACUAUAGCAAUGUGGAGAUACGGUUUAUCAAACGCUUUUGUAAAUAUCUUUAAAGAAACGCCCAAGGAUGACACACCUCUAAAGCUGAAUUCGGACUUCUAUAAACAUAAAGAUGAAUCUUGUUACCAGGCUAUGCCAGUGUCUUUGAGCAAAUGAUUUACGAGAAAUGACGAUGUACCUACUCAGAUAUUUAUUAGAUACAAUUAAUAACUCCAGUUAGUACUAAUAGAUAUUGGCGUGGCAAUAAAAUACCUUGUAAAAAGUAGUUACUUAAUAAGUCUACCUCAAUUACACAGCGCGACGACAAUAUGAGUAACCAAAACUGUGAAAUACCUAACCUAGUACCUACGUACACAAAGAGUACAAGGUACAUAUAAUAUAUUUUGAGUAUCUUUUAUUUAUUUUAAAUUUAAUAAGCACACUUUAAACUUAUUGAUAUAUCUUGCCGAAUUUUAGCAGUUUCUUGGUUGCUUAUUGAUAAUCUUCCAAAACUACAUUUCGCAUAAUGAUCUUUUAUGUAAUCCGGAAUUUCGGAUUUAUAAUUCUUAAAGACAAAAAGAACAUUGACCAUUUCCCAGGACCGGGUGUUAUCAAGCCGAAAUAAGUGAGUAAUUAGUAUACUUACGUUUGUGGUUCUUGGUUUAACUAGGUUUCAUAUUCAUCACAAAGAAAAAAAUCGGGAAUACGUUAUUUGUUAAGUACAGUGUUAACUCUAUACAGCUUACACAAGGGACUAUCGAGAGGUGUGUUAAAUGGCUAAGAAAAAAUAAUCUAUUUAUCUAUAUCCAUCUUAUUCAAUACUACUAUACACGGUGAACCUUUAUGGGUAUACUAUGCUUUGAACCCGACAUUCCUUAGGUCUGUAUAACUGUGUAAAUUAAUACUUAUAAUUAUUUGUAAGCAAAAUUUUUUACUAUUCUAAUUUCUAUAUGUACCUACUACUAUAUAACUCUGUAUUUACUAUUUUGUGAUUUUUUUAUAUAAACUGACAACAAUUCUAUCAUUUUUUGUCUAUCUGAUUUUCUUUAUGUCCUUUUAUAUCGGCGUGCACGAUCAUCAUGAAAAUUGGUGUGUAGUUAAAUCACGUGAAUGACUAAUUGAUAGGUUAUUAUAUAGUAAUGAACGAUGAUUAUAUUCGUCCACUUAAAAUUGUACUUAAUUGUGAAUUAUAAUCUAUCAUAUCUAUGUCCUGGAAAAUAAACAAUUUAAGAUCCACUCACACCAAAUCUUCGAUCUUUAA